AAGGUGGAGAUCAUCAAGCACGGGCGGCCGGAGGGCUGGCACGGGCAGUCGUGGGUCUACUACAAGGGCAUGAUGAUGAUCGUUUCAAGCGAAGAUCAAGUCGAUCAUCAAGGCGUCGCUGUCCAUGGAAUUGGGCAGCAGGUGAUGAUGAACAAGACCGGCACCGAGAUGUGGAAGUAUCUCGAGAACAUCUACGAGGGCAAGACGAAUGCAGCCACGCGGGCCAACCAGGAGAUCAUUCUGUUCAACCGCUUGCAGGCGGCGAAGUGCAAGGCGGGUGAGGACGUCGGCCAGCACGUGGACAAGUUGGUCACGACCAAGGCGCAGUUGGAGGCGCUGAAUGCGGGCGUGCGAGGGAUGAUCUUCACGCAGAUGCUGGUGCAGUCAUUGCCGAAGAACGAGCGGUUCGACCGACGCAAGGGCAUGAUGGAGAGCGGGUUGAAGAAGAUGGAC